AUGGCGGCGGCGACAGCGGUAGGGGGAGACCUGGAUGGAGGCCCGGCCUGGCCUUGGGCCCAGGCCCCGGUUUUCAGCUACUCGGAGCGGGAUCUGAUCCGGAGCGGGGUCCGGUGGGGCGGCUCGGGUUCGGGCUCGGGCUCGGGCUCGGGCUCCCGCUUCGACGCGGCCCUGCUCUCGGCCUGGGAGGAGCGGAUGGACGGCGGCGGCUGCUUCCGCUACCGGCUGCCGCCGCGGGGCCUCCCGAGCCGCCGCCUGCCGGGGCCCCGGCGCUUCGUGGCCCAGCUCAACCCGCAGCGGGCGACCGAGCGGCGGCGGCCGCAGGAGAUCCUCAGCCUCCGGCAGCCCUUCGAGCCCGAGCGCUUCAACUUCACCCGCAUCCCGGCCCGGGAGGUUCUCUUCCGGCUCCGGCGGGGAGGCGGCUGCCCGGAGGCGGGAGAGGCCGAGGCCCAGGCCCAGGCCGAGGCCUUGCUGGUCGUCAACGUCAGCCCCCUGGAGCGGGGCCACGUCCUGCUGGUGCCCGAGCCGGCCCGCGGCCUCCCGCAGCUCCUGACCCGGGACGCGGUGCUCCGGGCGCUGGAGCUGGUCUUCCUGAGCUCGGAGCCGGCUUUCCGGGUCGGGUUCAACAGCCUGGGCGCCUGGGCCUCGGUGAACCACCUCCACCUGCACGGCUACUACCUGGGCCACCGCCUGGAGCUCGAGUCGGCCCCUAGCCGGCCCCUGGGGCCCCCCGAGUCCGGGUCCCCCGGGCGGCGGCUGCUGCUGCCCGUCCACCUCCUGCGGGGGCCGCCCGGCCGCGGGCUGCUCGUCUACACCGACGGCGGCGACCUGCCGGCGGCCGCCCUCACCCUGCACGCCCUCGGCGGCCUCCUGGUCCGCCGCUCGCUGGCCCACAACCUGUUCGUGUGCCGGGGCUGCCCGCCGGGGGACCCGCCCGCCCGGCCCGACUCCCGCGACGGCGUCCGGAUGGUCCUCUGGCCCCGCAAGAGCUGCUUCGGGCUGAAGGGGGAGGAAGGGGGGGAGGGGGAGGAGGAGGCCUUCAAGGUGGCUCUCUGCGAGCUGGCCGGCCACUUGCCCAUCAAAACCCCCCAGGAUUACAGCAGCCUGACCGAGGAGAAGGUGCUGGACACCGUCGAGAAAUAUUUACUGCCCGAGGAGGAAUUCUCCCAACUCCUGUCCGAAGUAACUGAGCUGCUACAGGGUUAAAGCCUGAGUUCAUUGCUUCAUCUGAAUCCUUCUCUAACUCCUCCUCACUCACCACAGUCUGGAUGUCCAGUGCAUUCACUCUGCUCAUUCCGUCUUGUCAUUGACCCCAGUGCUGACUUGACCACUCUCUCGCGGGCUUGGAAUGAGAUGCUCAACCGUCUCGGUCUUGACCACUCUCUCGCAGGCUUGGAGUGAGAUGCUUGACCGUCUCGGUCUUGACCACUCUCUCGCAGGCUUGGAGUGAGAUGCUCGGCUGUCUCAGUCUUGACCUCUCUCGCAGGCUUGGAAUGAGAUGCUUGACCGUCUCGGUCUUGACCACUCUCUCGCAGGCUUGGAGCAUGAGAUGCUCGACCGUCUCAGUCUUGACCACUCUCUCGCAGGCUUGGAGCAUGAGAUGUUCAACCGUCUCGGUCUUGACCACUCUCUCGCAGGCUUGGAACAUGAGAUUGCUCGACCAUCUCAGUUCAACAUCAGAAAGGAUUCAUUUGUUUUCCAAGAUGCACUUUUGAAACUAGCCUGGCCUGCAGGAGUUUGUGGACCUGAUGGAAUUGACCACAGUCAUUCAGGACUUUCAGGA